GGUCGGGCCGGGCGGGGCCGCGCGCGCGUUCCCGCCGUCGCCAUGGGCACGGCGCCUCCUGGCGGGGGCGCGCGCGGCCUCUGACUCCUGACCGCGGGCCCCGCCUGUUCCGGCGCGCGCCCCGCGUGUGGACGCGCGCUCCCGGGCCCGGCCGCCGUCUCCCUCGCAGCCAUGUCGGCCGCCUUCAGGAAAGCCGCCAAGGCGCGGCAGCGCCCGCACCGCGAGCGGGCCCAGCCCGCCUCCCGGACGAAGCUGGGCUUGCUGGAGAAGAAGAAGGACUACCGGCUCCGCGCCCAUGACUACCACAAGAAGCAGAAUGCUCUCAGGGCGCUGCAGAAGAAAGCUCUGGACAAGAACCCUGAUGAGUUCUACUUCAAAAUGAUACGUGCAGAGGUCAAGGAUGGAGUCCAUGUAAUAAAGCAGCCAAAGGAUGAAAUUACCCCGGAGCAGAUGAAGCUGAUGAGGACACAGGAUAUUAAAUAUGUAGAAAUGAAAAGAGUUGCAGAAGCCAAGAAAAUCGAGCGCUUGAAGGCAGAGCUCCACCUGCUGGACGCGGCGGGGAGCGGCGCGGGCCGCCACCUCUUCUUCGUGGACACGGAGCGGGAAGUUCGGGAGUUUGAUAUUGCUGCUCACCUGGACACCGUUCCUGAGCUGGUAGAUAGAGUGUACAACCGACCAACCAUUGCAACGCUGCAGAGAGAGGCAGUGAAGGGACCGACUGAUCCUGCCCUCCUAAAGAAAUUAGCCCAGCAGAGGAAGAACCAGUAUGACCUCCUGAGGCAGCGCAUCGAGAGGGAGAAGGCCAUGUUUGUCAUCUCACAGAAAAUCCAGACUCGGAAGGAUCUGCUGGACAAAACUCAUAAAGUAAAGGUGAAGAAAGAAACAACGACUGGUCCAGCUAUUUACAAAUUCAAGUUUCAGAGGAAACGUUAGCUAUUUCAUGGAAUAAUUGUUACAGUCUUUGCUCAGAAAGGAGGAGCCAUAUCCCUUGGAGAAGGGCUGGUGCCAGCCUGCUUUUCACUGCAGCUCAGCACUUUGUUCAAACAAAUCACUGUGGGCCUGUGGUGGCCAUCAGUGUGUUUAAUCUAAUUAAUUGAUUAAUAAAUCAGGGUUUGUUCUUUUGA